CAGGGGACACCCUGAAGCCCCGAUCCCAGCGUUCCCGGAAUCCCUGGAUGCCGCUGCCGAGCCCUCCGCCCUCGUUGCUGGCGCAUCCGGCGGGGAAUGGGAUGACGGGACUUUCCUGUUCCCGGCCCCGCGCCCGCCUCGCGACCGGGGAGCGCCCCCACCACGACCCCCUCGGACCCCGGAGCCCGACGGGACCCUCGGAGCCACCCCCAGGCCCCUCCGGAAUCCCCCCGGCCCCUCCCGCACCGCGGACCCUCCGAGCCCCCCUGGGAGCCCCCAUGGAGCAGGACGAGCCAGACGUGGUGGAACUGCAGGACUCGGACGAGGGGGACGUGGUUCGGAGGGUCUUCAUUGGUGAGGGGGGAACCCCUAAAGUAUGUGUGGGGGGUGAUUGGUGGACUCCAGCUGACGACGGCAUCGUGAGCGACGGUGAGGCCGAGGUGCUGCCGCACGAGAUCAUCCGCACGGUGAUCCCGCACAGCCCCCUGCGCCCCCCGCCGCCCCGCGGGACCCCCGGCCCAGCCCCGGGCGGCUCUGAGGAGGGCGGGGGACGCCGGGGUGGGGGCCGCCAGCGCCCCUUCAUCUGCAACGAGUGUGGCAAGAGCUUCAGCCACUGGUCCAAGCUCCUGCGGCACCAGCGUACGCACACGGGCGAGCGGCCCAGCACCUGCGGCGAGUGUGGCAAGAGCUUCUCGCAGAACUCGCACCUGGUGCAGCACCGCCGCACCCACACCGGGGAGAAGCCGUACAGGUGCGGCCACUGCGGCAAGAGCUUCUCCUGGAGCUCCAACCUCAUCCAGCACCAGCGCAUCCACACCGGGGAGCGCCCGUACGGCUGCGCCGAGUGCGGCAAGAGCUUUACGCAGAGCAAGAACCUCAUCAAGCACCAGCGCACCCACGCCGGGCCGGGGGCGGCGCGGCCGCGGCGCUGCGCCCACCCCGCGGGUGCCUCGAGGGCGCUGAAGGGGCCGCGGGUGGGGGGCGAGGGCGAGGGGCCCGCGGGGGGUGAGAGCGGCCGCGGGCAGGAGCCGCUGAUCUGCGUGGAGUGCGGGGAGAGCUUCGCCCGGAGCGCCGCGCUCAGGAGGCACCGCCGGGGGCACCGCCCGCUCUUUGUGCCCUGAGGGGACGAUGUGGGGACAAUGGCACCAAGAUGUGGGACACUGCCCGCUCUUCGUGCCCUGAGGGGACACCACGGUGGGGACACAAGGACAGUUGGACAAUGCUCUGGCAGCUGUUGAUAUCCUGCGGGGACACACAGACAGUGAGCUACCCUGGUGGGGGACGCAGGGACUGUACCACAGACAGGGGACACGGUGCCACCAUGCCAGAGGACACAGGGAGUGUUUUGUGGGCAGGAUGUGGUGACAGAGCUGAGGUCACAAGAGUUGUGCCACAGGUGAUGGGACGUGGUGACACCGAGCUGGGAGACAAUAGGAGGCACCUGGUCCGGGACAAGACACCGUGACUCCAAGAUGGACAGGACAGAGUGGAGUGACACAGAGCUGAUGGCCCCAAGCUCACCCCGUGCCCCGGGUCACCCUCGGUGCCCCUUGCUGUCCCCCAUCAGUGCCACAUCCCAGAGCUGUAAAUAGGGGAAGGGGGGAGGGACACGAGGGGCGGGAGGUGACACCAGGAUGCCC